CACUCUGGACCAGUACACGGGACCUGUUGGAGCUGAAGGGGAUUACUGCAGAACUUUAUGAAUACUCCAGUACAGCACGGAUGAUGCGUUUUGCGCUUCAGCUACUCAAUGAAAGAGGAGACGCGCAAAAGAAGAGAUGGGCACCGUUCCUGGACUUUCUCCUCCCCGGUCCUGGGGAAAAAGUCACGGUCAUAACGCAGCGUUGGUUUUACCUGUAGUGGCGGUUCUGCUGCAGCUUUGCGCCGCUUUUAACUUGGACACGGAGAAACGCGUCGUUUUCACCGGACCACCGGGGACUUACUUCGGAUAUUCAGUGGAGUUCUUCAGCAACUCAUCCAGUUUCAGUGUUUUGAUCGGCGCCCCGAAAGCCAACACCAGCCAGCCCGACAUCACUGAAGGAGGAGCCGUGUACUCGUGCCCCUGGAGCCAAGCUAACUGCAGCAUGAUCGACUUUGACAAGCAAGGCGAUCGAUAUUUUUACAUAAGCAACGUGAACACUCAGGUCGAGUUCAAGUCCCAUCAGUGGUUCGGAGCUACAGUGCGUUCCCAUGGUAACAGCAUCCUGGCUUGUGCUCCCCGUUACUACUGGAGAACCGAACACGACGAACCCUUCGCAGAUGUCACAGGAACCUGCUACCUCUCUGUAGACAGUCUUAAAACGUUCGUUGAGUACGCCCCCUGCCGAACAGAAAGACAUGGACCUGUUGGACAGGGCUUUUGUCAAGGAGGAUUUAGUGCAGACUUCACUAAGGACGGGAGGGUAGUGCUCGGAGGACCAGGCAGUUUUUACUGGCAAGGCCAGCUGAUCUCAGCCACCACCGAGGAGAUUGUGAAGGCCUACUACCCCUCAUACUUUCUGCUGUCAGUCGCCGGGCAGAUUCAGACGAGACAGGCGCAGGGGAACUACGACGACAGUUACCUGGGUUACUCUGUGGCUGGUGGCGAGUUCAGUGGGGAUGAUGAGGAAGACUUCAUCACAGGAGUUCCUAAAGGACUCAUGCUCUAUGGUGUAGUGUCCAUAUUAAAUGGAAGGGACCUGAAGUCUCUGCUCAACUUGACAGGGGAGCAGAUGGGGUCCUACUUCGGCUACGCAGUGGCAGCCACCGACAUCAACAACGACGGUUUGGAUGACAUGAUAGUGGGAGCUCCAAUGUUCAUGCGUCGAGGAUCCAACGGGCGUCUGGAGGAGCUGGGUAAGGUGUAUGUUUACCUCCAGAGAGGCCCUCUGCUGCUGGAGCCGAGCCCGUCUCACCUGACGGGUCAACAGGCCUUCAGCCGCUUCGGCACCUCGCUGGCUCCGCUGGGGGACCUCAACCAGGACGGAUUCAACGACAUGGCCAUCGGCUGUCCCUACGGAGGGGAUGACCAGCAGGGAUUGGUUCUCAUUUAUAAUGGCUGUGCCGAAGGACUGAUAGACACACCCACUCAGACUCUCUCCGGCCAAUGGGCUUCCAGCUCUUUCCCAGCCAGUUUUGGCUUUUCCCUGCGUGGCAACAGGGAUCUGGAUCAAAACGGCUAUCCAGAUCUGAUUGUUGGUGCGUUCGGGGCGGAUAAAGCAGUCUUAUACAGGGCUCGACCCAUAGUGAGUGCCAGUGCGUCUCUCACGGUGCAGCCGACCAUGCUCAACCACGAGGAGAAGACCUGUGAGCUGAUCACAGGGACCGAAACCACGGCUGUGUCUUGUGUCAGCAUCGGUUUCUGCCUGCUGGCUAAUGGGAAGCACCUCCCCACUCAUCUAGGCUUUGUGGUGGAAGUCCAGUUGGACAGUGUGAAGCAGAGCCAGAAGGAGUCCAUCAGGAGGACUCUGUUCCUGGACAGCCAGCAGCCCAGUCUGCUCAAGACCUUCAGUCUGGAGAACGGAGAACGCUUGUGCCAUGAGACCAAGAUCUAUCUGCGGGGGGAAGAGGAGUUUCGGGAUAAACUCUCUCCCAUUUUCAUCAGCCUGAACUUCAGUCUGGAUCCCCAGGCCCCGGUGGACCAGCAUGGCCUCAGACCGAUCCUGAAUUAUGAGACGGAGCAGCGUAUAGAGCAGAAGGCGCAGAUUCAACUGGAUUGCGGAGACGACAACAUCUGCGUCCCUGACCUCAAGCUGGCUGUUUAUGGUGACCGAGCGGAAGUCUACCUGGGCGAUGAAAACUCCUUGAGCCUGACGUUCAAUGCCAGGAACGAAGGAGAGGGGGGUGCGUACGAGGCCGAGCUCUACGUGGUGCUUCCUCCAGAGGCCGACUACAGCGGGAUCGCACGGAACAACCUGAGCUUGACUCAGCUGACGUGCAGCUACGAAGCAGAAAACCAGACCCGCUACCUCGUGUGUGACCUGGGAAACCCUAUGAAGUCUGGUACCAGUUUAUGGGCCGGCCUUCGGUUCACUGUACCCAGACUGAAGGACACUCACAAUACUGUACAGUUUGAGCUCCAAAUUCGAAGUAAAAAUAUGAAUAACUCAGAGAGCGAGGUGGUGCCGUUUGAGCUGGAGGUGGCUGCUAAGGCUGAGGUCAUUCUGCAAGGUGUUUCCCUCCCAGACAAAGUCAUCUUCCCCCCGCCUAACUGGAAGGUCAGUCAGAGCCUGAGGGAGGAGCAGGAUAUUGGCCCGGAGCUGCAGCAGGUCUACGAGUUGGUGAAUAACGGUCCCAGUGUGGUCAGCCUGUCCACGUUAGAGGUGCGUUGUCCUCUGAGGGCCCACGGACACGAGCUGCUCUACCCUGUGGAGGUCCUCACUGAGGGGCCCCUUAGCUGCUCCUCCAAACACACCUUCAAUGCACUGAAACUCAAGCUCCAGCCUGCAGCGGCACAGCCCACGUCACUAAAAUCCAACCCUGAGCACCACGUCCGGAGGAGGGAGGUGUACAAAGAUCUCCUGGCUGAGCAAGGAAACCUGAGCUGCUCUUCAGUGGAGUGCUGGCAGCUGCAGUGUAGUGUUGGGCAGCUGGAGAGAGGAGCCAGCGUCAUCCUGACUCUACGCUCCCGACUGUGGGCCGAAACCUUCAUCGAGAGGGUCUAUAAGCAGUAUGUCCUGGAGUGCUCUGUUCAGUACAAGGUGGACAAGAUGCCUUACUCUAUUCUUCCCAAAUCCAAGCCAUCAGGAUCCCAAAAGGUGGUGAUGGCUGUGAUGUGGAACAAGCCGGACACGCUUUUCCCAGUUCCAGUGUGGAUCAUCAUCCUGGCUGUUCUGGCUGGGUUACUGUUACUCGCCCUGCUCAUAUAUUUACUAUACAAGAUGGGCUUCUUUAAGAGGUCCGAUCCGUACGGCACCACCAUGGAGAAGGCCCAGCUCAAACCCCAGGCAUCGUCGGAAGCUUAGAUCCGAAGAAGGGGGCCUCUCUGCAGCUGCUCCACACAACUGGAAUCACCGUCACAUUCCUGAAACAAAACAGGGGAACAUGCAGAAGAUGAGCAGGCAACCCAUUCAAGAAGGGACAGUUAUGGGUCACUGGACAUGCACUAAAAAAGCCAAAGCAGGAAAGACUACGAUCAUCAUCAUGCAGUUGAAACGCUCUACUGUUUUGGAUGUGUCAAAUCAGAGCUUGGUUUAUGAAGCUUCUGCAGCAACAAGGACUUCUCAGAAACGCCUCCCUGUGGAAAAACGAUUUAGAUGGAAAAUACUCCACGUACUCAAAGUGUAAAAAAGGAUCAGUACAGGAAGAAAUGCACCUCCAACAAAAAGCACUAAUUCUACAGUAUUUCCUCAUCCCUACAGUUUAAAACUUCCCGAAACUCCAGCCUUUGUAUGAUUUAUCCACCACUCUUUAUUUAUGGCACAGUGCUGUUCCCAUUGGUCGUUGAAUGUUGUACUGUACUGUCCGCACGACAAUCCUGAUCAAACUGCAAUGUUUAACUUGAAUUAUUCCUCUCCCAUAUUGGGAGGUAUUGUGUGUAUCUGUUUGUAAUGUAUUCAUUGUGUUAUGACCCGUUGGUGUUGUGGCCCAGAAUAAAGCCUAAUUUUGUAUACCCACCCAAAA